UGCUUACGUCAUCAGUGCGGGACAUCGCGUGCAGGACUGUGAAGGACGCCGAUCAGAAGUUUGGGAUGGAAUAAUUAAAAAGAUUAAAAACAUAGGCUGGUUGUUGAGCUUGUUUUUGGGUUAUGUGUGGAACUUAACUUAAAAUCUCGGAGAAAUCCAAAAACAAAACAGCAGAAAGCGAGCGGAAGUCGGUCUAAUCAGUGUCGCUGUCAUGGCGUUGUCAUGUUUGACCCGAGCUCUGCGCUCUCUGACUCUCUCCCAGCCUGCUCUGCUCUCUUCACAGGUAAAUAAAUACUCCUUCCCUUUUGCAUCCACAGUUAACUUGCAACCAAGCGAGCUGUGCAUCUCCUUUUUUGUUUGUAAGGCGCCGGUGGCUCAGCUGAAGCUGGGAACUCUGGUGCCCAGUACAGUCAGCCAGUGCAGAGGCUUCCUGACCACAGCCUCUCUGAAGCAGAACAGGACGUACUGGAAGCAGAUGGAUAAAUACACCACAAGGCCAAUGGGGAUGAAAAAGACUGGAGGGAGAGAUCACACAGGAAAGAUUCGAACACGGGGCAUUGGUGGAGGCCACAAACAGAGAUACCGGUGGGUAGACUUCCAGCGAUUACGCUAUGAACCCAACAAAGAAGGUCAGCCUUUUGAAGAGAAGGUUGUCCAGGUACGCUACGAUCCAUGCAGGUCUGCUGACAUCGCUCUGAUAGCAGGAGGCAACCGCAAAAGAUGGAUCAUUGCAACAGAGAAAAUGCAGGCUGGAGACAUCAUUAAAACAUCUGGUGUCAUUGGACGCAUGGCAGUGUCUGCAAAUGAAGGGGAUGCUUACCCACUGGGGGCUCUUCCUGUGGGGACACUAGUGAACAACCUGGAGAUUCAGCCAGGAAAAGGAUCGCAGUUCAUACGUGCUGCAGGCACAACUGGUGUUUUGCUGCGUAAAGUAAACGGGACUGCAAUCGUUCAGCUCCCUUCAAAGCAGCAGGUUCAGGUGUUGGAAACCUGUAUGGUAACGGUGGGCCGUGUGUCCAACAUCGACCACAACAAACGGAUCAUCGGCAAAGCCGGUCGCAACCGCUGGCUGGGGAUCCGCCCGUCCAGCGGCUUGUGGAAGAGGAAAGGAGGCUGGGCGGGACGGAAGAUUAAACCGCUGCCUCAGAUGAAGAGCUACAUUAACCUGCCAUUGAUCUCCGCUAACUAACACAAAAUUACUUUGUUUAUAUUUGGUCUGGGGAAAAAAUAAACAAUACAAAUAAAGACAAGCUACUUGUA